AUGUCGACGUUCUUCGGUCUCAAGGCCAAGCCGUAUCCCUUCGAUCCCUCUUUCCAUGGGUCGACACCGUGGGAUACGCUCUCGGCGCCCUACCCGGAGUACCCGAAGGAUGACAAGCUCUUCGCCAAGGUGUUCCCACGCGCAAUCUUCUACAAGAGCCUCAGCCCUUGGCUUCCACUCGGAUUCUCGCUCGCUUACUACAUCAUCGCUCAUGCUGCGAACGGCAUCGUCAAGAGGAACGGUAACAAGGACUAUACCAAAGCACCAGGUUUCCAGGCAAAGAUCCUCCGAUUCUUGGUCCUCGUUCACAAUGCUGCUCUGGCUGUCUACAGCGGUUGGACCUGGGCUAUGAUGUUCCCUCUGGUCGUCGACUUCUUCGUCCAAGGCUGGAGGAGCGCAGGCUUCGAAGGCGUCAAGCUGGCACUCUGCUCAAUGCCCACCAACUUCCCGCACCUCGGCAAAUACGCUUACAUCUUCUACAUCAGCAAGUACUACGAGGUCGUCGACUCGAUCAUCCUGCUCCUCAAGGGAAAGCGCGUCUCCAAUCUCCAGUCGUAUCACCAUGCUGGCGCUAUCAUCUGCAUGUGGGUCGCCUAUCGAUACCAGAGUCAGCCUGUGUGGGUCUUCUGCGUCUUCAACAGCUUUGUUCAUACCUGGAUGUAUACCUACUACUUUUGCGCCGCCAUGCGAUGGCCCUUUCCCCGCGCCGUCAAGCGCAACCUCACCACAAUGCAGAUUGCACAGAUCGCAUCCGGCACCCUCCUCACCAACCUCUACCUUCUCACCACGCUCAACUCAUCCAAGGUGGCCGCGGGCUACAAGGCCAACCGGGUCUCGUCGUGGUACCAGUCGAGCGCCAUGCGCGAGCAGUCCCUUCUCCGACACGCCGUCAGCCGAGCUGCCUCGUCGGAUCCAACAAGCUGCAUGCAGACAACCGGCGCAGAGAUUGCGCUGCACGUCAACACCAUGUACAUGUUUCCGCUCCUCGCCCUCUUCUUCAACUUCUUCAUGCGCUCCUACCUUCAAAAGCCCUCCGCGACAAACGGUCACGCGAAGAAGACGGCUGAUACUAAGGGCAGGCAAUGA